GCGAGUGUUGACUGUAGUUAUGGUCCAAUGGUUGCCAACAAAAUAUGUUUGAAAUUUGCGUCCAAUUUAUGACUCAUUUGUCUGUUUAUCAGUCAAUGAAGACAUUGAUUGUCUAAUGACUGAGACGUCGAGGAAGUGGUUAUCAGUUUGAUUGUCACCACAAACACAGACACCACUCAUGAGUGGUCACCACAAGGAGGCGAUUGUCUUACACCUCAUUGUCGUCGGCUUUCACCACAAGAAAGGAUGUCUUGUCGAGUACUGUUACCCACCGUUUGCUACCACCGCUGCCACAGAUAAAGAUAAUACUGCCUCUGAUGGCAAUCACUCGUCACAAGCGUUGGACACAACAGAGAGUAAUGAGAGCGAAGACACCACAAAGACAUCGACGACUGAGUCGAUAGUAUUGCCGCACAUCUGGAAGACGUUGCCAUCGCUGGCACUGCCCGACGGUUCCCACAACUACGAGAGGGACGCCAUAUAUUUCCAUUUACCCGACCUCUCGGACCACAACCGCACCAUCUUCGGGGUCUCCUGUUAUCGACAAAUCAAUGCUAAUAAACUGAAGGCCCGGACAUCGGAUGUGACGCGAGGAACGGUCCAGAAGUCAGUGGUAGUGCUCUCACGGCUCCCACUGUAUGGUCUGAUUGAAGCCAAACUCGAGAUGAUCACUCACGCCUACUUCCGGGAACUGGACUUCAGUAAAGUGUCGCUCCUGGAGGAGACCUACCAUAACCUGAACGCACAGCUCACACCCACACUCAUGGCGUCGCAGGAACUGUACGUCGGACUCGCCACCAGACAACUGGUCCAUGACUUUCACCAUAAGAUUGUAGUGUUAUUCAAACUCUUACUACUGGAGCGCAAAGUACUGUUUUACAAGUCGCCCGUCAAACACCUGUGCGUUUCCAUACUGUCCCUGUGCUCACUGAUGCCGGGCCUCAUACGCCAGGGGCUGACCCACUGCUCGGUGUCGGUUCACCCGAAGACUAGCCGCCAGUUCUCGGCUGAUGUCGAACUCAGUCCCGCCCACAAAGACAGCGACGAGUUCUUUGUGUUAACCACCGGUGCCCACAGUACCAGACCUACCGAUCUAUCUAUUGUUGAUGACACUGUUAAUACCAUUACUACUGAUAAAAAAGUUAACGAGAGCACCGUUACCUCUGAUACUACUGUUAAGACUGAGUUAGUGGACAGUAGUUGUGUUCAGACAGAGAGUAAGGCAUCGAUUGUCACAACCAAUGACUCGGACGACGAGUUACUCAAAGAGAUCGAUGAAGUGCUCAGCGAAAAGUCAUCCAAUAGUUCGUCCACUAAGUCCUCACCGCACCGGGAGGUACAGCACUCGCAGUCAAUAUUCUACGAUAGGGAGGAACCGAAGCCGGAACGGGUGGACAAGAUUGCGGACUCUUCGCGCGUGGAAACGCCGCCAAUACUUAAGUUACGGGACGAGGACUGCGGACUUCCGCUCGAGAUAUUCAGUUGCGGCGCAUAUCUGCAGCCAUACCUAUCGCUCACGUAUUUGGAUGUCUUGACGGACGUGAGGGUCAGGAGCUGUUUGAUCGGCGCAACCAAUUUCCUGUUCAAACAGAAAAAGGAUAUCUUCGAUGUCAUCGUCGAAUUAGACGGCGGGAAAGUAGAUAUACUAGACGUAGAGCUACGCAAACAACUGACGCUAACCACAGAAGACUUACGGUUCGCCGACUUCUUGACCAAAACGGUGUUAUCUGAUGGAGAGAACGGAGAUAUCUUUGUGGACGGAACCGGUUGGGAGGGAAGUGAUGAGUGGAUUAGGUAUCAGUUUAAGGCUUACUUAUUGCAUCUGUUGAGGUCGUCUGAAAUGGACGAGAAUACGAAAGAUUAUCAAUCAUUUAACACACAUUUUAUGAGCGCCUGGCGAACGACACACAACUACAAGAUGUGGAACUCUGUAUCGCAUCCAUCAGUAUUUGAGGUGACGUGCGGUCACCCAUUUGGCGGACAGUUGGGUAUAAACGAUAUGAAGCUAAAGCUCUCUCAAAUGUUUUACUCGAAAGCCGAUCAAAACAAACGACUCAAUCAGACAGUGAUGCGGACGUCGAAAGCCAUGGGCGGCGCCGUUACCACAGCUAAGUCGACGCUUAGCUCAGCCGUCACCACCUUCUGGAACAAUUGGUCCACACCUAAGACAUCCACAACCGAUAGUAAGCAAUCGGAUACACAAAAUACUUCACAAAAGCGACCCGAAGCUGAAACACAACUAUAAUACUGAUAAUAGUUAUGAAAUUGAUAAUUAGUUUUGUCGACAAAUUAUUAAUUAAAUUGUUUAGUCAAUUGGUUAACAAAUGAUUUAUUUUUUUUGUUUAUUAUUUAUUUUAAUUUAAUUGUGAUUCAAUUUACCGGUAAUUUUAGUUAUUUAUAAUACAAACAUAUACUAAACAAUUAGUAAUAUUAUG